GGUCAUGUGACGUCAUCACCCCGCGCCGCUUCGCGAGCCGCUCAGGUGGAGAAGCUGAGCGCUGUGGCGGCGAGGCGAUCCAUUUAGACCCGGCAGUCAGAUGAAAUCUUGCCCUUUGUUGAGUCUUUUCGCUUGGGCCGCCUGUCUUUCACCUCGGCGGACGGACGCCAAGAGUAGCAGACAUGUCUUACUGCAGGCAAGAAGGUAAAGAUCGUAUUGUCUUUGUAACCAAGGAGGACCAUGAGGCCCCGAGCAACGCCGAGCUGAUUGCAGACGAUCCACAUGAUCCGUAUGAGGAGCAAGGCCUCAUCCUGCCCAACGGGGACAUCAAUUGGAACUGCCCGUGCCUCGGUGGCAUGGCCAGCGGACCUUGCGGCGCUCAGUUCAAGGAGGCCUUCUCAUGCUUUCACUCCAGUCAGGAGGAGGUGAAGGGCUCCGAGUGCAUCCACCACUUCCGGAACAUGCAGGAGUGCAUGCAGAGGUACCCGGAGCUCUAUCCUCAGGAGGAAGACCACGAAAGCUCAGAUCGGCCGGAGGCCAACUCUGCCCCCGACUCAGCCGAGGACCCGCCCUUAACGCCUCAGGCGGUCGCCGGUCCAGCCGGCUCACCGGCAGCCGGCCAGACGGCCAGCUAAAAUCAAAGGUCAAAUCCCCCGGCUCUUCAGUCUCCGCGUGCAAGCCCCGCGUGGCGCUUUGUUGCGUCGAUUGCUGCCCUCUUGACAGUCGAGCAACCAAAGGAGGCCCGCCUGUACUGCGAUGGCUUUUGUGGGCAGCACCAGAAGAUGAACUUGAAGCGUGGUGGCGAUUGAUGCGCAACUGUUCCUGGAAGGUCCCGUCCGUGCCACCGGUUCAAAAAACAGCCACCACAGCAAAACAUGUUCUCAUCAGAAAAAAAGCCUCUCCAUUUCCAAACUUUCCAAAUGAGCGUCUCUUGUUUGGUACCGGAUUAUGCAUUAAAAAAACAGCAGGCACUCUAACACCACAGCGUAAAGAAUAACUCUGGUCCGAUACUGCCUGACAUUUUGUUUAGCGAUAAUCCUCUGUCCUUCCUUUGCUUGCCCGCCCGCCGCAGCCUUGCGCGUUUUCAUUGACAUUUAGUGAAGGCGUUGACACUAAAUCGUGCCUCGGGCUGCCCCACAAAGCUCGACGACAUUUCUUGAUUCCACCGCGGAUCAACUUGUUGAGUCGAGCAGUCCGUUAUUGUAGUACGGGAUCGCGCCACAGGGUGGCGCCUCUUGGCUUCGCUGCGCUAGUUCGUCACUUUUUGCUUCAACAUCCGGAGUACACUUUUUUUUUCUUUCGCUGUGGACCUUUAUUUCGUGAAGAAUAAACACGUGUUUGUGGAAGCUCA